GAAUAAAUUAUUUCUUAAUAAAUUACUGCGCGUACGUACUGAAAUUAAGGGAGCUGUGGACGCUGCGUUGUUCCCCUGUGUAAUACCUGUGUCUAUCAUGUACCCCUUCUUACAGUGUCCUCCGCUGCAUUGGCACGUCUGGAUCGGCAUCCUGGCGGCGCGCUGCGCGGCGUCCUGGCCGCUGUUGGUCGUCGGCGCUCUGGCUAGUUACCUGUACCGUGACUUCCGCUGGAAACGGCGCUACUGGCUGGCCAAGGGCAUCCCCGCGCCGCCGCUCUUCCCGCAGCUGGGCUUUUUUGCCGACAUGGUCAGGUUGGGACUGAGCCAGUUCGACGCGCGCAAUCUGGCCCGAUACGGCCGGCUGUUUGGGUACUUCGACGGACCCACCCCGGUAUUGGUCACGUCGGAUAACGAAAUGCUGCAGCAGAUUUUCAUCACCGAUUUUAGCAUCUUCCACAACCGCCGGGAGUUCGAUCUACAUGGGCCGAUUAUGUCCAUGGCCGUCAACUUCUUGCGCGAUCACGAGUGGAAGGAGAUGCGCGGGAUUCUGCAGCCGGCUUUUACCGCGGCAAAACUGCGCCAGAUGAGCGGCUUGCUGAACGAGUGCUGCAGUCAAACGCUGGACAAGAUGGCGCACUUGGCCGACACGCAGGAAGAAUUCGACGCCAAAGAGUUAUUCGGCCGGCUGACGCUGGACGUGGUGGCCAGCAGCUUCUUCGGCGCCCGCAUCGACUGCCAACGCGAUCCCGACAACCUCUUCCUGCGGCACGCCAAGAACCUCUUCAACUACAUCUCCCUCCGCAAUCCUUUUCUCUUUAUAGCUUUCCUCUUCCCCAAUUUGAUUCCCCUCUGGAAACGCCUGGGCCUGCGCUUCCUGCAGAAGGAGCCGGUAGAAUUCUUUAUCAACAGCACGACCAAGAUUAUCCGCAUGCGAGUGCGAAACCAGCAAACUCGAAAAGACUUUGUCCAGCUGAUGCUGCAGCACCUGGACCAGAAGGAACGCUGGGCCCUUCAGUCUAAGGCGUCAGCCGCCGAGCAGCCAGGGCCGGUGCCGGUGGACGCCGAGCAGCUGGCGUCCGUCAGCGCCGACGUUUUAUCUGACGUCUUGAAGAUGGAUGGUUUAGCCGAACGAGCAGCCGGGUCAUCGUCCCGUCGCUCCUUAACUCUGGAUGAAAUCGUGGCACAGUCCGUCAUUAUCUUCGUGUCCGGCUACGAGACGACGGCCAUCGCGUUGAGCUGUAUGGCGUACGUGUUGGCGCUGCACCCCGCGGUGCAAGAGCGGCUGCAUGCCGAGAUCCGGCGCGUGCUGCCGGCCGGGGGUGAGGCGAGCAUGGAGCAGCUGGCGCAGAUGGGCUACCUGGACGCCUGCGUCAACGAGACGCUGCGCCUGUUCCCCUCUGUUACCCGCACCGAGCGGCAGUGCAGCGAGGACUGGUACUACGGCGGGGUCAAGUACGACCAGGGCACCGUCUUCGCCGUCCCCAUCUACGCCAUCAACCGCGACCCGGACUAUUUCCCCGACCCGGAGAUCUUUGACCCUGACAGAUUCUCCAAGGAUAAUAAACAGCGUAUCCAGCGCUGUACCUUUCUGAGCUUCGGCCAGGGACCCCGGCAUUGCCUCGGGAUGAGGUUCGCCUACUUCGAGAUAAAGUACGUCAUGGUGCGGGUGCUGCAGCAAUUCCGCUUCGUGCGCAGCCAGCGCACAAAGGUUCCGAUGCAGAUUCGCGACUUUGGCUUUCUCACUCCCAAAGCCGGCACAUGGAUUAAACUGGAAAGAAGACAGUGAUGGAUGCUUAGUGCUUUAUUAAUUUUUAAGAGAUUACUUUUCUUUGACAAAACAACAUCUUGUGUGACUUGCUGCCUACUUUCACGCGGCGGCACUGUAUUGUCCAUGCCGGUAACUACGUAUUUGCUAUAGUUACGGGAAUUUCUGUUGUAUGGCUUCUUCCGAAUGCAAAAUAAGAACAUAUAGCUACGUGUGAUAUUUCUGGCCAAAUUUAUUUUUUUUGCGUCAUGUAAUUAUCUUCACCUCCGUCGAAAACCGGCAAUCUUUUGCCGUGCGACAGCGUCUUGCACCGUAGGCGACACCGCAUUGGCACAUGAUCAAUGUACCAGUUUAAAUUUGUAUCAUUUUAAGUAGUAUUACGCGAAUGCACUUUUGUAACAUUG